GAGCCCGGGGAUGUUCUAUAAAACCAUCCCCCAGCACCAGCCCCUCCUGCACCCAGAGCGCUGCAGCUCUCCAGGACAUGCCCAGCAUCCCGGGAAAGGAGCCGUGACGGGGAAGAAACAGCUCCCAAAUUCCCAAGGAGCACCCAAAUUCCCAAGGAGCACCCAAAUCCCACGGUCAGCAGGAAGAUCCCAGCAAGACCCCGAGGACAUUCUAGAAGCAUCAUGAGGCCUCCUGCCCUGGGCUUUGCUGCCCGCUCCUCAGCAGGAUCCAUCCCAGCUCCCACCGCUCUGGCCAUGCUCCUGAGCUGCCUCUUCUCGGGGACACACAGCCAGACCCCAGUGCCCUUCCAGGAGAGCUCUGUGCCCCUGGAGGGGCUCAGCCAGGACCAGCACAGCCUGCUCCAGCCCGGGCUGCUCCGGGCAGCGCCCUCCAACCUCUCUGCGGGCCCCUCGGAGCCGCCGCUGCUGCCCGUGUGCGCCAGGCCCGCCGACAUCCGCCACGUCUUCAAGUACAUCAACACCAUCGUGUCCUGCAGCAUCUUCGUGGUGGGCAUCAUCGGCAACUCCACCCUGCUGCGCAUCAUCUACAAGAACAAGUGCAUGAGGAACGGGCCCAACGUGCUCAUCGCCAGCCUGGCCCUGGGGGACCUGCUCUACAUCCUCAUCGCGCUGCCCGUCAACGUCUACAAGCUCCUGGCCAAGGACUGGCCCUUCGGAGUGCAGGUCUGCAAGCUGGUGCCCUUCAUCCAGAAAGCCUCGGUGGGCAUCACGGUGCUCAGCCUCUGCGCCCUCAGCAUCGACAGGUACCGAGCAGUGGCGUCCUGGAGCCGGAUCCAGGGCAUUGGGAUUCCCAUGUGGAAGGCCGUGGAGGUGCUGCUGAUCUGGGCUGUGGCCAUCGUGCUGGCAGUGCCCGAGGCCAUCGCCUUCGACAUGGUGGAGCUGAGCUACUGGGAGCAGCACCUGUGGGUGUGCAUGCUGGCCUCGGAGCAGAAAUCCCGCUUCAUGAGGUUCUACCGGGAUGUGAAGGACUGGUGGCUUUUUGGCUUCUAUUUCUGCCUGCCCUUGGUGUGCACGGGCAUCUUCUACACCCUCAUGUCCUGCGAGAUGCUGAGCAAGAGGAACGGGAUGAGGAUCGCUCUGAAUGACCACAUGAAACGGCGCCGGGAGGUGGCCAAGACCGUCUUCUGCCUGGUGGUGAUCUUCGCGCUCUGCUGGCUGCCCCUGCACCUCAGCCGCAUCCUCAAGAAGACCAUCUACGACCAGACGGACCCCAACCGCUGUGAGCUGCUCAGUUUCCUCCUGGUGAUGGAUUAUUUCGGGAUCAACAUGGCCUCCCUCAACUCCUGCAUCAACCCCGUGGCUCUGUACUUUGUCAGCCGGAAAUUCAAGAACUGCUUCCAGUCCUGCCUGUGCUGCUGGUGCCAGAGGCCGGCCCUGAGCAUCACCCCCACGGAUGAGAAGGGAUCUGUUGGCAAGUGGAAAGCCACGGGCCAGGAGCUGGGGCUGGACCGGAGCAGCUCCCGCCUGAGCAACAAGUACAGCUCUUCCUAAAUCCCUGCCACCAUCAAGGACAAGGCACAAGGACAGCGGGGCCCCUCCCAUCCUCUCCCAGGCUCUUCCUGGCUGGGCCUGAAUCAGCUUUGCCUCCGUGUCCUACCCCAGCUGGAAGGAGCUGGAGCAGCUCCAAAGCCAGCCCCUGACCCCAGCGCUGCAGGACAGGGAAGGGAAUUCACAUCCUCACGGGAUCUUUCACUUCCUCGCAGGAAAAACAAGGGAAUUCUGGCCAUUUCGGAAGGUGGGGCGGGGGGAAGCGUGGGGAAGGGAAGGAAGGUUGGGGUGGCCACUCUGAGAUGGAUGUGGGGUGAGGAGGAGAGGGAGAGCGACAAUUCCCAGCUGGAAAAGCCAACCAAAGCUUGGAUAAAUCCCUGUGAGGGACAGAGAUGUCCUGGUGGUCACCUGGAGGUGGGAAAGGCACUGGAGAAGGUCCAAUCUCAGCUGGAAGAGCCACCAGAACCAACUCAAAUAUGGGAAAGGGCUCUCUCCAAUUUAUUAUUGGCAAUAAUCCAUCCCCACACUACAUGCCAAUAAUUCAUCCCUAAAAAAAAAGUGAUUUUCCAGCAAUUUUCAAGGCCAGGUUGGACAGGGCUUGGAGCACCCUGGGACAGUGGAAGGAGACCCUGCCCAUGGCAGGGGUGGGAGGAGAGGGAGUGAAGGUCCCUCCCAACCCAAACCAGUCUGUGAUUGCAAUCCAUGUGAUUCCAUGUGACUGUGAAUCCAUGUGAUUCCAUCUUAACGUUCUUGCCAAAUUUUUCAGGAAAACCACAUGAAAAAGUUGUAUUUACCAGGUUUGUGAUGAUUUUUUUGUUGCUUUUCCCACAUCUCUCCUUUCCCUUUCUCUCCUUUCCCUCCUUCCCCCUUCUUCCUUGUCAUGGAAAAAAAUGGAGAGAGGAAAAGGAGAGAUGAGACCUGUAAUUAAAAUGUUUUCCAGGUGUUGGGGUGGAUUUUUAGCUUAACUUUCACUGAAAUGUAAAUAUUUUACAAAUAAAUCAUAAAGACAAAUGUGUUUCAAGGAAAACAGAGACUGAGGAGUAUCAAGACCAGCCCAUUUUCCAUAAAUUUCCCAAUCUGUGGAGCAAUCUGUGUCCACAUUCUUUGACCUUCCACCCCUGUGCUGAGCGGGACACAGCAUCCU